AUGGUUAACCGUGCGUACCGUCUAUCUUCAACCAAAGAGGGUUUUGCAAAAGAAUGUGACAAGUUACGCACCAUGUUUUCAAAGCUGUGCUAUCCCAAAACAUUGGUCGAUUCCACUACAAAUAAGUUCAGCCAGGAACCAGAUAAAGAAAUACACACCGUGCCUUCAGUAGACCCAUCUGUUUACAUAGUAUUGCCCUUUAAAGAUCAGCGAUCAGCUGAUCGCGUACGCAAAGAUAUCUAUUCUCCGGGAGCCAAGAUCGAUGUUAACGUAGAACUCGUCUUUACAUGUAUACUUAUUUCAAUGUGA